CUUUUGCUGCUAAUAUUGUGAAAACGCUCACCGAGUUUUCUGCGUUUUGCUAUGUUCAUUCCCUUUUAGCCCAAAUUAGGUAAUUUGUGAGCGUCUUGUUUCUUCCUUUCUUUAUAGUGAGAACGUCUUCUAAAGAGAUGGUCAGUGAUGAAAGGGUUGGGGGGAGGUUUGAGGAGGUAGAGGGGAGGGAUUUGGGGGUGCCCCAAAAUAUUUUGGACAGAGAAGAUGAAAGGGAGGAGUGUUUCAACCCUGAGGAGGAGAUUGUUUUCGAGGUUAUGGGUGAGGCCGGCAGGGAGGAGAGAGAUGGCUUGUUCAGCUCCGGGAGACCAUUGGAUGCCCACGUAUUCCCAUUACAUGACGGCUGGACUACGGUUCCCCAUCCCAGGCCUGUUGGUGUGGUUGUUGAUGGAGUACGGUUUAGGGUUGACAUAGCUUAUCCCAAAUCCUGUGAGGCUAGUAAUAGCCUUUGCAGUGUACAGUCGAGUUCAGGGGGUGCCAUUCCCUAUUAUAAAUUCUUUUUUGCGGAUGACACUGAGUGGGAUAAGACGGAUGCUGAGGUGGAGAACUUGAGUCGGUGGAAGGCAAAAGGGUUGAACCUCAAUGAGUAUAGCCUGACAUCGGGGGAGUUAGAGGAUGUGAGGAUGUUGGAGAGGGGGGGGGUGGAGCCGGUGGAGUUGGCAUCCCUAAGAAGGGGAGGGGGAAGAGGGCCGAGGUGGGAAGGUGAGGUGAGGGGGCCUGUUCUUGCAAAGAGGAGGAGAAUGGAGCAACAAAAUGCUAGGGAGGAAGUGAUGGAACCUGCCACUUCGUCUCUUCCUAUUGAGGCUGGGCCUUCAACCACAGUUGCUGACGUUGCAGUUGCACUUCGGGAGCAGGGGUAUAUCCGUCUGCAGACAACAAGCUUCUAUGAUUCUGGGAUGAGAAGCAUAGCAAAAAGAUUCAUCAACGCCUACUUCCCGGAGGUGGAUCGCCAAUGUGCAAAAGAUAAGGUGGCGGCCAGAGGUUCAGUUGGGGUGGUGCGUCAAGCCCUUGAGACUGUGAACCUCGUGAAUGUAUUGUCGAAUGAGCAUCACGAGAGUUUGAGGGAUAGAAAUCAGUUAAGGAAGGAGAAUGUCGAGCUUGUCAAGAAGAACGAGGAGGCCGAGGUCAAGGUGGCAAAACUAAAAACGGAGAUGGAAGAACUUAGAAAGGAGAAUGCCACUCUGAAGAAAGACUCAGAGCUCUCGUACAAAAAAAGAAAAAUCUGCGAGGAUGAGCUUGAGAAGAAAGAAAAAGAGUUGGACGAGGUGGUGAGGGUAGCAGCUGAGCUGGAGCUCAAGGUUCACAACUCUGUUGAAGAGCACGUGGCAGGGUUUUUGAAAUCCAACACUUUUGAGGAUAUUGUCAAACUCUACUGGCUCUCUACGACAAUUGUAGCCUUCUUUGAUUGCCAAAAGAAGUGGAACAAAGAGAACAAAGGUCGAACCAUUUUACCUUCGAACUUCAGUUUUGAGUUCAUACCGGCGGGUGAUGAAGGGACCGAAGGUGCUAACAACCCAGAUCAGCCUGCUGAAUAACUUCUCAUUUCGUUCAGCUUUGUAAAAAUAAUUGUUUGUAAAUGAUUAAAGUUUUAUUUAAUAAAUUCAGUUCAACAUUUUAAUGUGUUGGUUAUGUUUUUGUGGUGGUUUGAACUGUGAGGGGUUAAACAAAACUUGUCAAUUGCACUGAGGUGGGAGAAAUGAAACUGACUUCAUCUU